GCGGAGAAGCCUCCCCUGGAGCAGCUGUACCGGGAGGGCCCGCUGCUGGGGAGCGGCGGCUUCGGCAGCGUUUACGCCGGGACCCGGCUCGCCGACGGCGUUCCGGUGGCCAUCAAGCGAGUGUCCCGGGACCGCGUCUUGGAGUGGGCGCGGCUGCACGACGGCGCCCUUGUGCCCCUGGAGCUGGUGCUGCUCUGGAUGGCGUCGUGGCCCGGCUUCCGCGGCAUCGUGCGGCUCCUGGACUGGUUCGAGCUGCCCAACGGCUUCGCGCUGGUCAUGGAGCGUCCGGAGCGCUGUCAGGACCUCUGGCACCUGCUGCACGCGGGGGGGUUCCUGCCAGAGCCCGUGGCGCGGGCGCUGUUCCGGCAGGUGCUGGGGGCCGUGCGGCACUGCACCAGCCGCGGCGUCCUGCACCGCGACAUCAAGGCCGAGAACGUGCUCGUUGACCUGGCCACCGGCGAGGCGAAGCUCAUCGACUUCGGCUGCGGCACGAUCCUGCAGGACGGCUUCUACACCCAGAUGGCCGGAACGCGGGAGUACUACCCACCGGAGUGGAUCCUCUUUGGCCGCUACCAUGGCCAGCCAGCCACCAUCUGGUCCCUGGGCAUCCUGCUCUAUCAGCUGGUGUGCAGGCACCUUCCUUUCAAAAGCAGAGAGGACAUCGUCCGGGGACAGCUCUUCUUCCCGCCCCGGGUGUCUCAAGAGUGCCAGCACCUGAUCAGGUGGUGCUUAUCCAUGGACCCUGCAGACAGGCCAUCCUUGGAUGAC